AUGCAACAGCCAGUUAAAAUUUGCAUACUUGGUCCUCCUGGAGUAGGGAAAACUUCAAUUGCAGAAGAGCUAUGCAAAUAUUACAAAGUGCAUCACAUUAAAAUAAAGGAAGUGAUCACUAAAGCCAUAGAAAAUCUGGAGAAAAUAGUUGCUCCUCGAGAGGGAACAGAGUCUGCGGAAGAAGGGGAGGAAGAGGAGGAGGAGGAGGAAGAAGAACAAGGAGAUAAUGUAGAAGAAGCACAGGAAAUGUUAGAUUCAGUUAAAGAAAACAUGGAGCAAAAUUCGGGUCGUCUAGAUGAUCACUAUGUGAUUCGGUUCAUGAAGGAAAUGCUAAUGUCUAUGCCUUGUAAAAACCAAGGAUAUAUUUUGGAUGGGUUUCCAAAAGUCUAUGACCUGGCAAAAGAUCUAUUUAACAUUGAAGAGGAGGAGGAGGAAGAUGAUAUGAGAGGCAAAAUGCAUCGCUAUGACAAAUUAAUAACUCCUGACUAUGUUGUUUCUUUGAAUGCUUCUGAUGAAUUCUUGAAAAACCGAAUCAUGAAUCUUCCUGAAAGCAUUGUUGCUGGAACACAUUACGCCCAGGAUCGAUACUUAAGAUCCCUCAGUCUUUUUAGGGACUUAAACACUGAGGAUGAAACGGUUCUCAACUAUUUUGAUGAAAUAGAAAUACAUCCACAAUAUAUUGAUGUUUCAAAAUAUGAGGGCCUGGAAAAUAGAGUUAUAACAAAAGAAAUAAUAAAAAACAUUGGUGAACCUAGAAAUUAUGGUAUGACGGAAGAAGAAAAGGAAGAAUUUGAACGGAAACUAGCAGAAGAACGGCUUGCUAGAGAAGCGAAAGAAAAGGCUGACUUGGAGAAACAGGAGUUGGAAGAAAGGGCCCAAAAAAUAGCAAAUUGGGAAGAAUGGAAUAAGCGUUUAGAAGAAGUUAAGCGGCAAGAACAAGAACUUUUGGAAGCCCAGUCAAUUCCACUGAGAAACUACUUAAUGAAGCAUGUGAUGCCAACACUUAUGCAGGGCUUGAAUCAAUGUUGCAUGGUUAGGCCGGAUGACCCGGUUGACUUUCUGGCAGAAUAUCUCUUCAAGAAUAAUCCAGAAUUUGACUAGGAAGUCUAAACAGUUGCCCUUAUGCCUUGUUAAAUUUAAUGUUAAUGAUUAUUGUGUAAUAUUCUUGUAAAAUAUACAUUCACUUUUGAUUUUUUUUUCAAAAUUAAGAAAUCUAAAUUGUAAGGGUACAUACAUUUAUCUACAAUGAAUGACAACUUACAGACUACCUGGUAAAGUGCAGGAAGUUCCUUUAAAAUAUU